AUGAAAUUCGAAUAUGCACCAGAAGAUAUCCCAGAGAAGGUGGUUCAGGUUUUGAGGCGAUUCUCUCUGCACUCGAGCAACGGGCAAAAAGAUGCCGGAAAGGUGUUUGAGAUCGUGGUGGAAAAGGUGAGUAAUGACAUCGCAGAGAACCAAGCAAUCACAAUGGUACUUCCGGCAUUCCCAUGGAAGAACCCAAACCGCGAUAAAGUUCUCGGCGAAGGUGCUGAUUUGGGGGAAGAAUGGGGGCUUGCCAAAUUGAAUCACCUAUGCGAGGACAUCUCAAAAGUCUACCCGUAUGGGGCGCGACUGAUUCUCAUUUGCGAUGGGCCGGUGUAUAAUGACCUGGUCGGCGUGUCCGACGAAGAAUACUAUGAGUAUGGAAUCCAGCUACGAAAAAUAGCCCAAGACAAAAAGUUCUCCUCCAUUCAAUUCAUCCGCCUCAUGGAUCUUCUCGGGCUCGGUGACGGCGAGAAGAUAUCCAAACCAGAUUACCUUCGUCUGGUGCCCACCUGCAGAGAAACAUUGAUGUCUCCUGCAUACUUUGAUCCCAAAUUCGAUAUCGAGCAUGAACUGAAGACAAACCCCGAUACCAAAACCACAUUCGACAGCUACUUCAGUCGUAUCUCAGAGGAUCUGAGAUGGUCCAAGGGACUUGACCCUGCUAUAGCGGGUGACCCGGCACUUUAUGCAGCCGAGGUCUCGAAGAUGGCGAAGACUAUGAUCAACCGGCUCAUUGCAUAUGAGGCGGUCAUCAAUGCUGCACUUGGAAAGUUUAUUCGUCUGUCAAUUCAUCCAUCAAUAGGGCGGAAUAAAAUCUCCAUUCCUUUGUUGCGACAAGGUGACCGGUUUGGUGAUAUGCCUUGGCAUGCAAGUGUUGUGGUUCUUUCCAACGGGGAUAUCAAGACUGGCAACUCUCGGGAUUUCCGCAAGUUGUAUGAGACUGUCAUGAAGAAUGGUCGUCCGUAUUACUUCCGGGAGAGAAGCCCGAUGUAUGAAUGGGCAGCAGAGGUGGAGUUUGAGCAUGAUUAUGAGGGAUUGAUUGUGCGGAAUAAAGGGACGCAGAUGUUGGGGAGGGACGAUCGAUUCAAACUUGCACGUCUAAUCAUGCAGCAUCGGAAUAAGUCUGUGCGAGUGGAGGGGUUUGAGGUACCCAAUGAUGCAUGA